ACGGCGGUUGUCUUGCUCGCCGACGGCGGAUGGAGUGUGCCGCGCGUGGCUUUGCGACGCGGUGCGUUGGUCCACCGACGCGGAGGUGUGGCCAGUGUGGUGCUGUGGCGUAUUGCUCCGUCUCUCAUCAGACUUCACAUUGGAGUUAUCACAAGGAAGAAUGUGAGAGAUUAGAAGAGCAAAUGCGUCGUGUUGAUCUGUUAAAUGAUUUCCCAUUUACAUUUACAGAAGAUGCUACGGUUCAGGUUAAUGAUCACUUAUGGAUGAUAUUGAGGAAUCUAAUGCCUUUUUGUCCUUUAUAUCCAGUUACAAAACAGCUUUGUAGUUGGACGGACUAUUUCGAGUGGAGAAAGAUACCUCUAGAUUCUCCUGUAGCUCUACUUCUCCACUGGCCACUUACGAUAUACCAUGCAAUUCAAGCCAUUGGGAUGGGAAAUUUGACUCCCCAAAUAAGUGAUGAACUUCGUAUACAUUAUCUUGGGCCUCAGAAAGAGCUUGGCCAACUUGGUGUCUUCGCUGAGCUGCAAGCCCUCUUCCCUGGUUUGCGCAUACGCGUAGAACUUGUUGGACCUGACGUUCCACAACAUAUGGAUGGAGAGAUGAUCUCGCUUAGCAGAUACUCCCCUUGCAUGGAAGAAGAAUGUAAAUGUCAUUAUUCAAGCGAAAUUCCCCAUGCCAGUAACGAAUCUGCCUUGUCUUCAGCUGUGUCGUUACAGCUCCAUAGAGGAUUUUACCAUGAUCGUUACAGUGACAUAAUAAAGGAUUCACCUCCUCCUCACAUAGUGAUUGCUCCAAACGCUGGUGUCGCUGCAUAUCCAAGUUGGUUGCCAACUAUUGAACUGAUAAAGGAGAUAAAAGUCCUAGCUGUAUUCACAGAUUACUGUGAAGAAGCUUGUCAUCUGGCGGCUUGUUGUAUCAAAACAAUCACAGGACAACCUCUAUCAUUACCUAUUGAGUUGAAUCCAUUCAGACAGCCGAUGGCCGUGGAGGAGAGUCCUCUGUUUAUCCCUUGCUACUCAAACUGCUUCAUCUUCGCAAUGUAAAAAACUCUACAAAGUUAAUGCAUUUGACCAACAUUAUCUAUUCAAUAAAUGUAAAACCAUGUCACAUCAUUUUGUUUUGGUUGUUGUAGUUAAUUUAUGUAGAUAGGACCAUCAAGUGCAUUACAUACAAUCAUUUUAGUCUUUUAAUUCUUAGGUGAACAGUUUUUAUCCCAUC